UGUUUCCUGGGAGAGAGAGAGAGAAAUAUUUGGGUUGGGCGAGCUCACACGACGGCUCUUCUUCUAUUGCAUUUUGACCUCGGUGUGCGUAGUGCGGAAGACAGAAACUCGGAGCCAGAAUGUCAGCGCCACUCAGUCAAGCUGGUGUCCAGAUGAGCACAGGACAGUAUUCCCAAGGUCCGGUACAGUUUACCCAAGAAUCAGUACAAUAUUCCCAAGUACCAAUACAGCACUCCCAAGGAUCCGUGCAGUAUUCCCAAGUACCAAUACAGCUUUCUUCAACUUCAAUACCAGUUUCUCCAACUCAAUUGUCUGUCUCGCCUUACUCAACUAUCUCACGACAGUACGGAUCGCAGCUUGCUUCUGUCCAGUCUCCGGUGUACCUGACCACAAAUGGCUCUGCUCACACCGGCAAUGUUGUGUACGAAACGGUGCAGUACCUGGUUCCCCUAGAAAGGAAAAUGGAAGGCUAUGUUUUGGUCGACAGCCAACCCAGGGAGCAACAGCUGCUAUCACCUUGCUAUGUGCAGAACGUCAGCAGCUACAACAAGAACAACGUGGACACGACCGUACGGACUGUGCAGACUGUGGAAACAGUGCCAGCGGAUAAGGAGUCUUCAAAUGGGAAAGGAGUCUCUUGGUCAAGCCAGGUUAGUUCCAGCAGAGCUUCAACUCCUCCUCGCAGUCCUGCUGUGAGUGAGGUAAAUGUCAAGGUACAAAAAACUCAGGAAGUCUCCUAUGACACGGGUCCAAAGUUGGACAAUCGCUUUUUUGGAGUGCUCCUUGCUGAACUGCACCGCAAGAGCUUAGACAUCUACUCCUGCAUCUACGAGCAUGUGAGCAAAAUCCGAAGCAGGUACGAUUUAACUGUUCCGAGUGGUGUUAUCCGUCCUAGGUCGGUGUACAGGUCUGCAGUGCUGAUGAAAAGCACACUUUAUCAGUACAAACCUACUUGUUCAUGUUUAGGGGUGUCCCGUGGCCCUUGUGUUGUUUUCCAGGAAGAAAACGAGGAUGUUGAGCAUCUGAUUCCCAAGGGAGUGUCCGAUCUGACCAAGCAACAGAUCAGCUACCUUCUCCAGAUGCGGGUGACCUCAGAGAAGUCCCUGCGGCUGCUCCUUACCACCUUCAGCAGUCUCCGAGAGGAACUGAUUCACCUACAGGACGACCUCAGGAGACUGGAGAGUGACAAGGAGGCCCUGCAGAGGGACCUGAACUUCAAGAACAGUCAGGCCCAGCAGUACGAGAAGCUCCUGGAGUCCGUCCGAGUAAAUAACCGUCAGCUGCAGCAAACCCUGAAGGAGAGCAACUCGAGUAACACGAGCCUGGAGGAGAAGAUCCUGGUUUUGAGAACCUCAGGCUCCGAUAAAGAAUACCGACUGAAGGAGCUGGAGUACAGCAAGAGGGUGCUGGAACAAGAGAAUGAAUUGCUGAGGCAGCAGAUCGCUGGUCAGAGCAACAGCCCCAGUUUCCAGGCGAAAUCAGAAGCGAUCACUAAACAAUACACGGAAAUGACCAUCACCCUCCGUGAGGAGAAGGACAGGGAAAUCAAAGCACUGACGGAACAGCUCCGUAAGUUGCAGAUGGAAAGCUCCUCCAAGUCCAGCAGUGAUUACAGCACCCAGCUCCGGCUGACUGAGCUGCUGACAUCCCUGGAGCAGAAGGAGGCCAUCAUCAAGAGACAGGAAGAGGAAAUAAGGAAGUUUCGGCUGGACAAAUCCGAAAUGGAGAACCAGUCCAAGGGCGUUACCAAGACCAUCAUCACCAAAAAGUACAGAAACCAGUAUCCUAUUCUGGGUCUUCUGUCUGAUGAAUACCAGGCUACCUUGCCUAGGAAAGAAGCAAAGACCAUUGUGAUUGAGAGGACUGGGGAGAUGUACAAACAUGAAUACAUAACUUCUCCUUAAAAGAACUCCUUGAUUCUUACAGGAAUGAACCCGCUGAAGAACCCAUCCACAUAAAAUAACUAAUACCUGCAUGCUGCUAUUUUAUUUGCUCUUAAUGUUCUGGCCAGUGCUCCCUAACCUUCUGAAAGAGGCCUCGCUAAUGUUUUGCAAUUGAGCUGUGUUUGGGUGUACAAUCAAACAUGCAUUCUCUCACACACUGUGGACUGGACCUUAACAAAAAGAGGGAAACAAAAUAGUGUUUCAUGCUUAUUCAUUUAUUUGUUUUUGUGUAAAAUUAUUAUUUUUUAUUUUAAGACGCUUCAUCUGAUUCUUAAUUUUGAAGUUUUAUUUUUACUUCCUUGUAUACUACUGGGCAGCGAGCUGUAAUGGAAUGUGCAUGGGUUAUAAUGGGGCCUGUUUUAAAAU